GGGGGGGAAGGUUAUGGAUUGAAACGAUCUUGAUCUAGAAUAUUUCACGGAGUCACACGGGGCCGUUCUUUUUCACUGCAACGCCGUCAUCUCACUCGAUCGCCGAUCUACAUUACGUCUUACCUGUUGGUCGCAUGCGUGUCAUAUCGUGUCUCAGUCGGACUGUUUUGAAAUGCCUCGCCUUCGCAGCAGCUUUUUUCUUCUUCCGAUCCCAUUCAUAUGUCGUCAUGCCCUCGAGAGAUUGGGGGUCGCAUGUCGAUUUACAACUUUCGGAUCAACGAUUGCCUAACUACCCCCCAUUUCUCUCAAAUAGUCAUCUCUCCUUAUUUUACGUCCUUUUUCUCAUCGUUCCCCCACUUUCCAUUAUUCCCUCUCUUGCCCGUACUUAUUUGAAUCAUUUCCGAUUUCCCCCCUUUCCGCAUUUCCGUUCUUACACCUCUCAUCGUCUUACCCGGCGUUGGCUGUCAGGGCGUCAUGUUAUUUUUUGGCUGGAUGUUGGCAUUGUGCUUUUUUUCUUUUAUCUUUUUUAUUUAUCUCCUUUUACUUUUCUCUAUCUGUCAACCCUAGUCUGUCUAUCCGCAUUUUAAGUCUUUUCUUCUUCUAUCGCUUUACUUCUGGCGAAUCAUACUGGAACUAGAAUUGCGCAGAAGACACAAUGAAACAAGUGAUAAGCUUCAGCUGAGAUGGCAAGUUCAAUGGACCCUGUAGGUGGAAACAUACGAGCAAUUAAUAAAAACAGAAUGAAAACAGAAUUGGAAAU